AUGGCCAGUAAGGGCCCCCGGCCUGCCUGCGUCGAGGAUUACGACGAAGAACACAACGCCGCUCUACCCGACACUAGGCUUUCUGCCAAUAUUGCUGCCAAUACAGCUGCCAAAAUAUCCUCGAGGUUGGAAAGAUUCCAGGAGCCGCUGAUCGACGCCGCCAGUGACUCAGGUUAUUCUAGUCGCACCGCCGCUACGGUUAAUAGCACCCAAUCUGGGCCGUCGGGCGGAAAAAGUCCCCCUCCUCUUAAGCUGGACAACCCCAAACGUACCGACCUCGCCAGAAAAACUUCAACCAGAGAACGCAAGGAAAAGGAACGGUCUCGACCUUCGCGCGAAGAGAAGAUGGUUGGUGCCUAUCCGGGCGCUGCCCAUCAUGCUCACGUGCCCCGGUCGUCGUCCAAGUCUCGUCGACGAGAAUCUUCCCAUGCCCGCCAAUACCACGACAAUUACUACGAAUAUGGUGGUCAUCAGUACCAUCAAUCAGCCCCGAUCGAACAUCGACAGAGCGAUUAUUCCUACUACCAGCGCCCACCUAUGCCAGAUUACUCAUCGUCCCCGCAUACUGCUCGAUAUCCAGCCGUCACAGAGCACAUUCACGUCAGUAACCCUGGUCGACCCAGCCGCUCUCAUUCUUACCACACCUACCACCCAAACGGGCGACCCAUGAGUUUCCAAGGGGUACCGCAUGGAAUGAGUUCAGGAAUGGCAUCUCCGAUGUACUCCCAGCACCCAUACGAUCAUGGCCCACCACCAGCCAGCUCAGCAUACAUGCAACCAUACUCAUCAUCUCCAUAUGGAGCACAGUCCUUUUACGCUCCAUCUGCCUCGGACUACGCCCCCUCGGAGUAUCCACGGGAGCGGUCCGAGUCCCGGGAGCCACGCCCUCGGUCCGGAUCUAUCUAUGCACCCCCUCCCCCACCCAUGGAUCCUGGGCCAUAUGACUUUUAUGAUGACGAACCUAUGGAACACUAUUCCCCGCGAGAUGUCCAUGACCGUCCUUCUACAAGGCACCAGGAACAAGAUGAAGAUUACUAUCGGAUGCUGCCACCACCUAAGCCCAAGCCCAGGUCUACCCCGCAGAUUCACCAGGCAAAGCGAACAGAGCGGCCAGAUCCACCACGGAAGAUGCAUACCUCCGCCGGUAUUGUCCCCCAACGUCGUCCAUCCAGAGGCAUGGACAGGGACAGAGGCAUGGACCCCCGAGACAGAGGCAUGGACCCCCGGGAUAGAGGCAUGGACCCUCGAGAUAGAGGUAUCGACCGAGAUCUAGACCGCUUGGACAUGCCGGAACUUGCAUCUGCCUUGCCGGCGAUUCAGGAUCGCAGUCAUCGUCGAAUGUCAAGGGAGGCCGCAUUGCCAGAAAGAAACCACAGCGUACGAGAUACCCGACGAUCAACAUCCUACCAGGAUAGUCGACGGACUGCUCAGGUGGCUGUGGCGAGCUCUCGGCGGCGCAGGCCAACCGAGUACUAUUACGACGAACGAUCCAGUGCCGGCGACCUCGAAGACCGCGAGCGUGAAGCCGAGAACUACCAGGCAGCCCGAUCCGGCCGAGCCUCAACAGCUGCACUCCCUCUCUCCGCGGAAUCCUUGCUCCCUGCCAAAGGGGCGCACGGCAACGGGAGCGAUAGUGGCAGUCAGAAGAGUCGGUCGAAUAGCAGCCGCGGAAGCGUCACGACCUCACGGAAAGAAGAUGACAAGAAUAUGACCCUCACGUUGAACGGAUUCCAAAUUGGAUUUACAUCUGAAGCAGUUGCAGGCAAAUCUAUUAACAUUCGUGCUGGGGACACCGGGGCUGUUCGAUUAAACAUCGGUGGCCCGCGGCCAACCAAGCAGCAUGUGAACGGUACCAGCUCUGAUUAUACGGGCGGCUCCAGUCGCCGGGCACUUGAAGAUGUGGCGCGACGUCCCCGGGAUGAUAGGCGGUCAGAACGAUCUAGUCGUCGAGACAGCCAGUCAACCUAUGGGGGUACUCGGUACCACCACUGA